AUGUGAAAAGACUUGUAGGCUACAGAAGUGAAAGCUGGCACUUAUUCUCUUUUCCCUCCUUUUUCUUUUCAGGCCGCUUGGUGGGUGCCCUGGACGCUGUGUUAGACUCUAACGCACGCGUCGCUCCCUUUCGAAUCUUGCUGCAGGUUCCAGGCUCACAGGUUUACUCUGCCAUUGCAUGUGGUGCCACUGCAGAGGAGAUAAACCAGCACUGGGAAUGGCUGGAACAAAACUUGCUCCAUACUUUGUCUGUGUUUGACAAUAAAGAAGAUAUUGUUAGUUUUGUCAAAGGGAAAGUGAAGGCACUGAUUGCGGAGGAAACGAGCAGCAAGCUUGCUGAGCAGGAGGAAGACCCUGAGAAGUUCCGAGAGGCCCUGGUGAAAUUUGAAUCCAGAUUUAAUUUUCCUGAAGCAGAGAAGUUGAUCACCUAUUAUUCCUGUUGCUGUUGGAAAGGGAAAGUUCCUCGGCAAGGCUGGCUUUAUCUGAGCAUCAAUCAUCUCUGUUUUUAUUCCUUCUUCCUUGGCAAAGAAUUGAAGCUUAUCAUUCCUUGGGUUGAGGUCCAGAAGCUGGAGCGAACCUCCAACGUCUUCCUGACGGACACGGUGCGUGUGAGCACUCCGCACAAGGAGCGGGACUUCUCCACCUUCCUCAACAUCGCCGAGGCUUUCCGCAUCAUGGAGCAGCUGGCCGACGUCACGCUCCGCAGGCUGCUGGACAACGAGGUCUUUGAGCUGGAUCCAGGUCUACAGGAUCCCACUCAGAUUACCAAGAGGGAUCUUGAAGCCAGAGCACAGAAUGAAUUCUUUCGGGCCUUCUUCAGAUUGCCCAGGAAGGAGAAGCUGCAUGAAGUUGUAGACUGUUCUCUCUGGACGCCGUUCAGUCGCUGUCACACGGCGGGGAGGAUGUACACUUCAGACAGUUACAUCUGUUUUGCCAGCAAAGAAAAUGGCUGCUGCAAUGUUAUCAUCCCACUUAGAGAGGUAAUCAGUAUAGAGAAGAUGGAGGACACCAGCCUUCUCCCUAAUCCCAUCAUUGUUAGCAUAAGGAGCAAGACAGCCUUUCAGUUCAUUGAGCUGAAGGAGCGGGAUGCUUUGGUGGAGAACCUGCUGCAGAGGCUGAAAGCAGUGAACUCCAGCCACGCAGUGCACUCCAACAACUUGCAAAAUAAGAACCAGAACAGUCCUACCUUUGGAUCCAUGUGUGUGCUCAGGGAUGGUGAACCUGCACAUCUGGGAACAGAGGCUUCACAAGGCAAGGAGAGAAGUGAAUGUGGAAAGGAGAACAGUUACUUGCUCAAUGCAGAGGCACUAAGGUCAGACUUUCAUCAGUCAGGAACGGCAGGCCUUGAUUUUGGAAAGUCUAGGGAGCAAAUCAAGGAGAGCCUGUGGGCUGACCACUUUGUAGAAUAUGGCAGAACCGUGUGCAUGUUUCGCACAGAGAAGAUCAGAAAACUUGUUGCUAUGGGAAUCCCUGAAUCUUUAAGAGGCAAACUCUGGCUGCUCUUCUCAGACGCCGUGACGGACCUGGCCUCGCACCCCGGCUACUACGUGCGUCUGGUGGAGGCGUCCAUGGGCAAGUGCUGCAUGGCGACGGAGGAGAUCGAGCGGGACCUGCACCGCUCGCUGCCCGAGCACCCCGCCUUCCAGAGCGAGACCGGCAUCGCCGCCCUCAGGAGGGUGCUCACGGCCUACGCCCACAGGAACCCCAAAAUUGGCUACUGCCAGUCUAUGAAUAUUUUGACCUCCGUGUUGCUGUUGUAUGCAAAAGAGGAAGAAGCCUUUUGGCUGCUGGUUGCUGUGUGUGAGCGAAUGCUGCCAGAUUACUUCAACCACCGAGUGAUAGGUGCUCAGGUAGACCAGUCGGUGUUUGAGGAGCUUAUAAAGGAGCAGCUUCCAGAGCUGGCUGAACAUAUGAAGGAUCUGACAGCGUUAGCUUCCAUCUCUCUUUCCUGGUUCCUUACCCUUUUCCUUAGCAUCAUGCCCCUGGAGAGUGCUGUGAAUGUUGUGGACUGCUUCUUCUACGACGGGAUCAAAGCCAUUUUCCAGCUGGGCUUGGCCAUACUGGAAGCCAACGCCGUGGAUCUGUGUAACAGCAAGGACGAUGGGCAAGCCCUGAUGAUCCUGAGCAGGUUUUUAGAGCAUGUGAAAAAUGAGGAAAGCCCUCUGCCACCUAUUGGUAAUCACCACGCGUUCUUCAGCGACGACCAGGAAGCCUCUCCAGUGACUGAAAUUGCUAACCUGAUUCAUGACUCCUAUGAGAAAUUUGGAGACCACUCUGUGGCACAGAUAGAGCACAUGCGCUACAAACACCGGAUCCGUGUCCUGCAGAGCCACGAAGACACAACCAAGCAAAAUGUGCUCCGAGUUGUCAUCCCAGAUGUUUCGAUUCUUCCAGAAGAUUUAGAGGAAUUGUAUGACUUGUUCAAGAGGGAGCAUUUAAUCCGGUGUUACUGGGAGGUGACGAGCCCGGUGGCGGAGCGGCACGACCCCAGCCGGCCCUACGCCGCGCAGGACCGCAUCGACGCCCCCAGCCUGUACCGGCUGCUCUCGCCCUGGACCUGCGGGGAGCACACCGACCUGCUGGCCCACAGGACCUUCCGCCUCCUGGACGAGAACAUGGACCGGCUGGUGGAGUUCAAGGGCUUCGCCGGCU